AUGGUAUUUUCAAUUUUUCUGUUCUAUUGGUCUGGGAUAUAUUGUCGCUACAACCGGUGUGGUGAGUCCUUAUCCUGGCCAGAGAAGAAUCGGCAAUAUGCACAGUACUUCCCGAUACUCACUGCUCCUCUUAUCGCCAUGAUCUCGUUAGCCUGGUUUAUCACCAACGUCUUCUAUACGAACACUCCCUGUGCAAUUGCAUACAACUGUAUGGAAAUGCCGUCAGCUGUAUUUUGUUCACUGCUAGCUGGAAUAAGUGCAGUAAUAGAAAUUCACUAUUCGAUCGAUUUCAAUCACUUGGAAUGGAGUGAAAAAUGGAGUUGGGCUGCGGCCGAUUCCGUUGCCCUCAGCGCCAUUCACGCCGUUUUAGCAUUUGCACUGCAAUGA